AUGCCACCCAGGCCUCCAUCGGCCCACGUCUCAGUGUCCAACCCCGUCUCGCGCAAGGCGUGGACGGACGUCGAAGCGGCGGCGGCGGCCAGGGCCACCGCAGCCUGUCAGGCGCAGCCGUGGUGGGCAAGCAAGGUGGCGGUGUGGAUUGCAGCCGUGGUGCUGGUGGCCUGCUCCGGGGCUGCCAUUGCGGUGGUCGUGACUCAGGUCAUUGGCAGUAGCAGCAACAGCAGCAGCAGCAGCAGCAGCGGCGGCGGCCCCAGCCCCAGCAGCCCAGCCACCUCCACUGCACCGGCUACCAAGCCCUUGGCACCCCCCUCCGCGGUGCCCACCACGCUGCCUGCUUCCGCGGGCACACCUGCUACGCUGGCGCCCCUGGCAGCGGCUCCAACCGCCGCCCCAACCCAGGCGUCGCCGCCUGCCGCCGAGCCGCCCUCGCCCCCGGUGGCUGUGCCGAAAGACUUUGAUCGCCUGCUGUGGGGGGACGAGUUCGAUGGCACCAGCCUCAACACCAGCAAAUGGCAGAUGUUCACCAGCACUGCGGCAGACCAGGGCCAGCAGGGCAAUGAAGGUCUCCAGACCUACAUGGCGGACAAUGUCCGGGUGGCCAACGGCAGCCUAUACAUCACGGCGCUCCAGAAUGGGCAGGCGUACACUUCUGGCCGCAUCAAGUCGGUGGGCUCUGGCUUCCCAGGGGUGAAGCUGCCCGACGGCAAGACGGUGAAGCGGUUGCGCAUUGAAACCAGGAUUCAGGUGCCCAAGGGCGGGCCCGGCCUGUGGUCGGCAUUCUGGAUGCAGCCGGUCAACGCCACCAAGUAUGGCGCAUGGCCGGCGAGCGGGGAGAUCGACAUCCUGGGUUCCAUCAACGACCAGAAGACGGUGGUGCAGGGGCUGCACUAUGGCGGCGCAUGGCCCGACAACGAGAAGAGCACAGUGGACAGCAAGCUGGAUGGCGGGGAGGCCUUCUCCGACGGCUUCCAUGUGUUUGCCUGCGACUGGGAGGAAGACUUUAUCAGGAUGGGGAUCGACGGCAAGCAGCGCGAGGAGUUUGCUGGCUGGUGGACCAGCAGUGACGCGGAGUGGCCCGCCCCAUUUGACCAGCCCUUUGCCAUGAUCCUCAACCUGGCUGUGGGCGGCGAGUGGCCCGGGCCCCCCGAUGCCACCACCACCUUCCCAGCCACGAUGGCUGUGGACUAUGUUCGGGUAUUCGCCAAGCUGGACUGA